AUGGAAUCCUCCGAUAGCAUCGACUCGACGGUCUAUGAUCCAACACCUAUCAAAGAAACCCCCAACAAUGACUCCGAAUGGAAGAUGAAGUCAGAUGUCAUCGGCUACAAAGAGCGUGACACGGCUUCAGGCGUCCCCGAUAGAGAACUCGGCGUAACAUGGAACAAUCUCACAGUCGAUGUCAUCGCCGCUGAUGCUGCCAUUCAUGAAAAUGUUAUCUCUCAGUACAACAUUCCGAAGCUCUUUAAAGAAUCCCGCCAAAAGUCACCACUCAAGACCAUCCUAGACAACAGCCAUGGCUGCGUCAAGCCUGGAGAGAUGCUUCUCGUCUUGGGUCGCCCCGGCUCUGGAUGUACCACACUUCUCAACAUGAUUUCCAACAAGAGACGCGGUUACGCCAGCGUCAAGGGUGAUGUCUUUUAUGGUUCAAUGACAGCCGGAGAAGCCCAGAGGUAUCGCGGUCAGAUCGUCAUGAACACUGAAGAAGAAGUAUUCUAUCCCGCCUUGACCGUUGGUCAGACCAUGGACUUUGCCACUCGUCUCAAGCUCCCCUUUCAGCUCCCCCAAGGCGUCAACUCACAUGAAGAACUUCGAACCCAGACAAGAGACUUUCUGCUCAAGUCCAUGGGUAUCGAACAUACCAUUGACACCAAGGUUGGCGAUGCUUUUGUCCGUGGCGUUUCCGGAGGUGAACGAAAACGAGUAUCCAUUAUCGAGACUAUGGCCACCCAGGGUUCAGUCUUUUGCUGGGAUAACUCUACUCGUGGUUUGGACGCAAGCACUGCUUUGGAAUACACCAAGGCUAUCCGCGCAAUGACUGAUGUCAUGGGCCUAGCCUCCGUGGUCACUCUCUACCAAGCCGGUAACGGCAUUUACGACCUCUUCGAUAAAGUCCUCGUCCUUGACGAAGGACAUCAGGUCUACUAUGGUCCCCUCAAGGAAGCCAAGCCUUUCAUGGAGAGCAUGGGUUUCAUUUGUCAACAUGGUGCCAAUGUUGCAGAUUAUCUGACCGGAGUGACUGUUCCUACCGAGCGACAAGUCCAUCACGACCACCAGGGUCGAUUCCCACGAACAGCAAAAGCCCUCCGGGAUGAGUACGAGAAGUCGCCGAUUUACGAACGAGUACGAUCUGAAUAUGACUAUCCUACUUCCGACAUCGCCAAGGCGAAGACAAAGGCUUUUCAAGAUGGUGUUCGUCAAUUCAAAGACAAGAAAUUAUCUGACAGCGAUCCCAUGACGGUCGGUUUUUUAGCUCAAACCAAAGCAUCGAUUAUCCGGCAGUACCAGAUUGUGUUAGGAGACAGGGCCACAUUCUUGAUCAAACAGCUAUCCAUGAUCGUCCAAGCUCUCAUCGCCGGUUCUCUCUUCUACAACGCUUCGGGUGACUCGAGCGGUUUGUUCGUCAAGUCUGGUGCCGUAUUUGUUGCUCUUCUCAGUAAUUCUCUCGUCUCAAUGUCCGAGGUCACUGACUCCUUCACUGGCCGUCCUGUUCUUCUCAAGCAUAAGUCCUUUGCUAUGUAUCAUCCUGCUGCAUUCUGCAUUGCUCAGAUUGCCGCUGACAUACCAAUCAUAUUGACACAAGUAACUACGUUUUCGGUUGUUGAGUACUUCAUGGUUGGGCUUACUCGUACCGCUGGACAUUUCUUUACCUUUUGGAUCAUCUUGGUUGCCAUCACCAUUUGUAUUACCGCCCUCUUCCGAGCCAUCGGUGCCGCCUUCAGCACUUUCGACGCUGCUUCCAAGGUCUCCGGACUUGUCAUUACCGCUACAAUCAUGUACUCUGGCUAUCUCAUCCAGAAACCCUUGAUGCACGAUUGGUUCUUCUGGAUCUUCUGGAUCGACCCUCUGGCAUAUGCUUUCGACGCUCUGCUAUCCAACGAAUUUCACGGGAAGAUCAUCCCUUGUGUCGGCAACAGUCUUGUUCCCAGUGGCCCCGGCUUCAACGAUGGCGAUCACCAGGCUUGUGCCGGUGUAGGUGGAGCCAAGCCUGGCCAGACCUUUGUUACUGGUGAUGACUACUUGGCUUCUCUGUCCUAUGGACAUGAUCACCUCUGGAGGAACUUUGGCAUUAUCUGGGCUUGGUGGCUUCUCUUUGUGGUUGUUACCAUCUUUUUCACUUCAAAAUGGCAUCCGGCAAAGGAGGACGGGCCCUCUCUCGUGAUUCCCAGAGAGAACGCUCAUAUCACGGCAGCCCUUCGCCAGUCUGACGAAGAGGGCCAGACCAAGGGUGAAAAGAAGAUGACUGGUAGUCAAGACGGUGGUGUUGUCUCGGGCGAUGACACUGACGCCAGCGGUAUCGCCGACAACCUAGUCCGCAACACUUCAGUCUUCACUUGGAAGAACCUGACUUACACCGUCAAGACACCCUCUGGGGACCGCGUUCUUCUCGACAACGUCCAAGGUUGGGUCAAGCCAGGUAUGCUCGGAGCCCUCAUGGGCGCCUCGGGUGCUGGAAAGACCACUCUUCUCGAUGUUCUUGCACAGCGCAAGACAGAUGGUACCAUCCGUGGUUCAAUCAUGGUCGAUGGUCGUCCUCUACCGGUUUCUUUCCAGCGCUCGGCAGGUUACUGUGAGCAACUCGAUGUACAUGAACCCUACGCUACCGUCCGCGAAGCCCUUGAAUUCUCUGCCCUGCUUCGACAAAGCCGUGAUACUCCUCGCGAGGAGAAGCUGAGAUACGUCGACACCAUUAUUGAUCUUCUCGAACUUCACGACAUUGCCCAUACCCUUAUUGGAAAGGUUGGUGCUGGAUUGAGCGUUGAGCAGCGCAAGCGAGUUACCAUCGGCGUCGAGCUUGUCUCUAAGCCUAGUAUUCUUAUCUUCUUGGACGAGCCAACAUCUGGACUCGAUGGUCAGUCGGCCUUUAAUACAAUCCGCUUCCUACGAAAAUUGGCUGCUGUUGGCCAAGCAGUCCUUGUCACUAUCCACCAACCUUCCGCUCAGCUUUUUUCUCAGUUUGAUAGUCUCCUCUUGCUUGCCAAGGGUGGAAAGACAGUUUAUUUUGGCGACAUCGGGGAUCAGGCAAAGACCGUCUCUGACUACUUUGGCCGUUAUGGCGCGCCUUGCCCCAAGGAUGUCAACCCGGCUGAGUUCAUCAUUGAUGUUGUCUCUGGUCAUCGCGGCAAGGACUGGAAUCAAGUCUGGCUAUCCUCGCCUGAACACGCUGCCGUGGAGAAGGAACUUGAUCACAUCAUCACCGAUGCUGCCUCCAAGCCACCUGGCACCAACGACGAUGGUCACGAGUUUGCUACCUCAGUCUGGGAGCAGACCAAGCUCGUCACCCAGCGUAUGAAUGUAUCACUGUAUCGUAACACAGACUACAUCAACAACAAGUAUGCCCUACACGUCUUCUCGGCUCUCUUCAACGGCUUUACCUUCUGGCAGAUCGGGUCAUCAGUUGCUGAACUCCAACUUAAGCUGUUCACCAUCUUCAAUUUCAUCUUUGUCGCACCUGGUGUCAUGGCCCAACUCCAGCCUUUGUUUAUUCAGCGUCGAGAUAUCUUUGAGACACGUGAGAAGAAGUCCAAGAUGUACUCCUGGGUCGCUUUCGUUACCGGUCUUAUCGUUUCCGAAGUUCCGUAUCUGGUGGUAUGCGCUGUCAUUUACUACGUCUGCUGGUACUACACAGUUGGAUUCUCUGAUCACACGUCUCGUGCUGGAAGUACCUUUUUCGUUAUGCUCAUGUAUGAGUUUAUCUACACUGGUAUCGGCCAGUUCAUUGCCGCUUAUGCGCCCAACGAAGUCUUCGCAUCGCUUGUCAACCCACUCGUCCUCACUAUCCUCGUUUCCUUCUGCGGUGUCCUUGUGCCAUACGCUGGUAUCCAAGUAUUCUGGCGAUAUUGGCUUUACUACAUCAACCCAUUCAAUUAUCUGAUGAGCAGCAUGCUCACCUUCAGUGUGUGGGGUGCUGAGGUCAAGUGCAAGGAGAAGGAGUUUGCUCGCUUCAGUCCCCCGAAUGGUACUACUUGUGGCGAAUAUCUGUCCGAGUGGCUCACCCAGGUUCCCAGUAACCUGAUCAAUCCUGAUGCUACUGAUGAGUGUAUGGUGUGCUCGUACACCAAGGGCGAGGAUUAUCUUCGCACUCUCAACAUCAAGGAAUACUCCUACGGUUGGAGGAAUGCUGGUAUCACCGCUGCUUUUGUUUUUACUUCCUAUGCUCUUGUUUAUGUUUUGAUGAAACUGCGAACAAAGACUUCUAAAAAGGCGGAGUAG